GUUGCUCUCGCACCGAAAACGGAGAUGGCAAACUCGUGAAUCAAAUCCACCAGAUCUCGUCUAUUUCCGAGCGCGUCCCAGUGGUUGCUCUGCCAUGGCUGGUGCAAGAGCAACCAUUGCGUAGAUAAAGUCCCCCCCCAAAAGAAAAAAAAAAUUCAAUUCUCAACAUCUAUAGCCCCACAUCUGCAUCCAGCUGCAGUAGCAAGUGCACGAAAGUGCCCAGUGAAAAAUAGAGUGCCCCAAUAAUGAUUCAGAUUCACUGCUGUCAGUGGACUAUCAAAAUCCAUCCAAAUACUUUUGUUUACGAAGGUGUGAGUGCUCCAUACAAUUAACCCAGUGAUCCCUAAUUAUCCAAGUGCCACCAACACCUCCAGCUACAUCUCCCAAUCCAAAUCAGACGAAAGACAGAACUCCAGUUGCAUAGAUGAUACGCUCAGAAUUACUGGUAUUUCACUGAUGAAUUUGAGAUCGAUGGAGCUGUACUGAGGGAUUGCGAGCUCUGGAGGGGGUCUCGUUCUUGUUAUUUAUUAAGGAGGAUUGUUGGUGAUGCCAGGACAUUCUGAGAGACCACGGGCCCAACGGCUCACCGACAUCGAGCCGCAGGCAGCUAAGGGUCUGGGAUGUAAUCGAACCGAGGAGAUGGGAACUCCAGUGAGUUCAGGAAGCAAUAUGGGAAGUGUGGCACGAUUUCCGAAACUCGAUGAGUGCGCCCACUUCCACUACGAGCACGUCGAGCUGGAUGGACUCCAGGUGUCAGUAACAGAAGUACCAAAUGACGGUGGUUUCGCUGUUCGUGUGACAUCCGGUGACACCUGCUGGACCCUCCAAAGGUCGUACGACAAUUUUGUAAUGUUCGACAAGCAGCUGCACCGCUGCAUAUUCGAUCGAAAAUUCUCAUCACUUGUUAAACUGCCUGAGACGCAGUCCGAUAAUACUCGUGAAUUAAUAACCAAUUAUCUGGAACGAUUUUCACAAUUGAAUCACGAUGGUCUCAACUGCGGUCCAGUUCUCAAUUGGCUCCAACUGGACAACCGAGGGAGAAGAAUUCUCGUUCCUGAGUCUGACUCUUGUCCCAUCAAUACUCCAGCUGUUGCUGCUGCUUAUGCUGUGCGGCCUUAUGCUGCACAGGCACAGGAUGAGAUUACGUUUCAGGUUGGUGACAUGAUAUCAGUUAUUGAUAUGCCACCGCCAGGGGAGAGCACCUGGUGGCGAGGAAAGAAGGGCUUCGCCGUGGGCUUCUUUCCAGCCGAGUGCGUUGCUGUAAUCGGUGACAAAGUACCUCGCCACCUGACGGUCUCUACAACCGUUCGAUCGAGAUUACCAGUGAAGCCAGUGUUGAGGAAGCACGGCAAGCUCAUCGCAUUCUUUCGAUCGUUCAUCCUGAAUCGGCCAUCGCGAAGACGCCUCAAACAAUCUGGUAUCCUCAAGGAGAGAGUUUUUGGUUGUGAUCUGGGGGAGCAUCUGCUCAACUCCGGCCAGGAUGUGCCUGCAGUGCUGACGUGCUGCGCCGAAUUCAUUGAGACCCACGGCCUGGUGGACGGUAUUUAUCGUCUGAGUGGUGUAACGUCGAAUAUCCAACGACUGCGUCAUGCCUUCGAUGAGGAUCGAGUGCCAGCAUUGCACUCAGACGAGAGUAUUCUUCAGGAUAUUCACUCGGUUGCUUCCCUCUUGAAGAUGUAUUUCAGAGAGCUACCCAAUCCUCUGUGCACCUAUCAGCUGUACUCGACAUUCGUAAGUGCUGUUCAGGCUGGAACGGAUGCCGAGAGACUUCGAAGAAUGAGAGACGCAGUCAGAAAGCUACCUCCACCCCACUACAGGACCCUGGAGUACCUGAUGCGUCACCUGGUGCGAGUGGCAGCCAGAGGCGGUGAGACAGGAAUGACACCAAGAAAUGUGGCAAUAGUAUGGGCUCCAAAUCUCCUGCGCUGCAAGGAGCUGGAGGUGGGUGGAGUGGCAGCACUUCAGGGUGUCGGUGUUCAGGCAGUGGUAACUGAAUUUCUCGUGUGCUACGCCGAGUUGAUUUUCAGUGAUGGCCCAGUGGGUCGUCCUAAAUCCCUGGCAAUCACCACUCCAGCGAGAUUGCUAAGCCUCGAGGAAGCCAGGAAUCGUAACCUGAGAACAGACUCUGAGUACAUCGAGGUAGGUGCAGGUACAGCAGGUCUACCCCUUCACUAUCACACUGUCAUCGAUCUCCCGAGGAAGAGAAACUCGUCGAAACGUUCGCCCUCUCUCAAUUGGCGUGCAUUAUUCGGUAGAGGUGGUUUCGGUGUCAGGGGAAAAACGAGACAAGUGGGCACUCCACCCCAGUCUGAGACUGUUCCCAGUUCCCUGAACUCGUUGAGACGACUGAGACCAGUCAAGAGUGCUGACAGCCUCGAUGGAGAGGACAGCCUGUGUCCCCUGAUGAUACCUCCACCUAGUAGACCCUGUGGCCACAGUCGAUCAGUUUCCCACGACUCGUACUUCGAUCACCUCGGGGAUGCCCCCAGCUCUGCUUCUCCCCUAGACCUCUCAGAGAUCCAAUUGAAUUUUGAUCUGGAGGAGAGGGAGAUGAGAAUGUUCUCGGAGGAGGAAAGCAUAGUGGCGUCACUGGAGGCCUCUCCGAGACGUCAGAGAAAUGAUCCUCCACCAUGUAUCUCAGUGACUGGAGCAUCGAAGAGAAAACGCUCGAGACUAGAGGAGCGUCUGCACUGCGACGUGGAGCUCAGGUUUAUUGACAGUCAGAGUCCAGAUCAGAUAAUGGUCUCGGCUGAUGUCCAUGGGAUGGAAACGCCCUCGCCUCUGACGACUCCGGGGUAUCUGCCGCUGUUGUCGGAGGCCUCGACACCCAUCAGUCCAUCCCAAACCCUCCAGCCUACCCCAAUAUCUCCAGGAGCCUCCAACAGCCCCAGAAUAAGCUUUCGAAGCUUCACACUGCCCCUCGAUUUUUCUGAUGAAUCUGGUGUGGAGCCGGGAAAGCUGGGGGAAUUGAAAUUAUCCAGCAACACUAGUCAAUGUAGCAUUAGGUCGGAUAAUAUUAAUGGUGUGCCUGUGACAAUAAAGUGUGGCGAUCAGGAUCGAGAGAUGUCUUGUGAUAAUUUUUGUGGGAUCGAAGAUCAGGGUGGAUCUGUAAAUCUCCAGGAGGGAGAAAAAGCACCAGAGGAUGAUGAUAUCACUCCAGAGAACGAUGAAAAAUCAUUGUGCACGAGUCGUGAUUCAUUUCCUCCAAGUCAGGGCUUGACGUCAGUGGGUCCCUCGAUUCCUCACCGAAAUGAUCCACCAGCCAGUAAUUUACCGUCCAGUGCCACCGACCUGGACUCACCGAUGUCCUGCGAGCAAACCCUGGAGGACCUUCCAGACUCAGGAUUCGUUCUUUGCGAUAGUUCAGAUAAAAUUUUCACGAACACUGAUACACAGCCCCUGGAGACAACAACGAACUCUGGGGAGUGGGUGAUGAUCGAGAGAACGACAGAGUCAGUGACGACUCCAACAGGUAGUGAUCCCCUGGAGGGAACAGUUGCUGCGAUAGCUACAGAUCCACCACGUCAGCGUUCAGUGUCGGAUAAUGUCUCGAGGACGUCUCUGGACUUGACGAUGGGCUCUACAGUGGAAACGGACACGUCGUGCGUUGGAGGGAGCGAGAUGACAGAGAGUCCCCUGCAGGAGCCCAACGAGGACAUCUACGACAUGACAGAGUGCAAGGACUCGUGUAUGUGUCAACUGGUUAACGAUAAAGAAACGCCAGGUCUCGAGGAGGAUAAAUACAGAGAUCAGAAAAAUGGAAAUGAUCAACCCCAGUGCGACAGUCGACCCCUGGACAACGACAACGUAUACUGCAGUAAUUUGAAUGACUCCACCACAAGAUCACCGAAAAAUUCCGACAAAUCCCACGACGAGAACAAUCAAUUGAUGAAGGAGAGGGAGACACAGAGCGUCCGGAGUUUGAAACAGGGGAUGGGUCCAGGGUACCUAUCGAAACACCUGAAGAGAAACAUCAAUAUGAAUUCCAUGAGGAGUGACGAGGUGGUUAUACCCUCUGAGAAUGCUGCCGAGGCAUGUGAGAUUGCCCAUGAUCCUGAGGGAGCCUCAGAAAUCUCCAGGGAUUCCUCCUGCACCUUCUCGAAUACAUCAUCGCCCAUUGAUGAGUCAGUGGUGCUGAGAGAUACUGCAGCGAUCCUCCAGGAACUGGCGCUCCAGAGGCUGUCAGGGGGCGUUGGCAGUGAAACUCCACUUCAGAAGGAGAAAUAUGGGAGGGAGGGUGUCAGGGAGAGGCGGAUGAGGUACGAGGAGGCAUCCAGAAAGUCCGAUGAGAGCUCCAAUCAGUAUCUACCACCCUGUCUCAGGGCGAGGCACGCACGUGCCACCAGGGCUGCUCUCAGUCGAUCUCUCGACGAGGGAAAAUUCAACAGAAUGACUGAGGAGCCACCCAGGAUCAAACAGGUAUUUGACAGACCUGACUAUCAGCACAACUCCACACCGAAUGUCGGUGGUGGCCUAUCCAUGUCCUCAUCGCAGAGCAAUGAGAAGCUCCAGCUGAAAAAUCUGGGGCUUGAUCUCGGUGAUCCCAGGUGCAGGGAGAGAAUCGAGAAGUACAAGGAGGAGAGGAGAAUCUUCCUCAGGGACAAGUACAGGAGUGAGAGCUUCAGGGGAUCUGCAGCGAGAGAUGAGACUGGAGAGCAAGCACUUCUUGCUAGACUCAAACAGCGGGCUUCCAGACCCUCUUUACAUUGACUCUACUGACUAUUUGUAGGCUUUUUUCAAUUAAGGGAAUUUCUGAUGUCUUUUUUUUUUAUUUCGAGGACUAAUGAGGAAUCAAAAGAUUAUAGGCAAUUGAAGAUAAGUAUAUGUUGAUGUAUUGCAGAUAUUAAUUCGACGUUAUUUAUUCAGAAUGGGAAUUGAGUAUCUCAUAUUUUAGGGAAAUUCAUACAAUAGUGGGAAUUCAGGUGUGAAGUGAUAAGAUUUGGAAAUUCCGAAUUUUUAGCUCGAUCCGGGUUUCAUAUUUGAUGUGCGACUAGUUGUUUUAUCACUUCAUCACUGAAUUCUCGUGAUUUCCAUUCAAAAAGAAUGAAAAUUGCCCCACGAGGUGAAUAAAUUUCGAGAGAAUCUAACGAAAUCACUGAUGAUCGAGUGAACAGGCUGAUAGACCCCUACGCGUGCCAGUUUGUACAUAUGCGCGUUAAGUUUUGUGCUAUAAUUUUUUUUAUAAACGGAGUGUUAUGGAUCGAAGAAAAUUUAACGACGAAAUUCAAUGCAUUUAUUAAAGUAAUGAGAAAAAAUGGGAAAAAAAUGGGAAAAAAUGGGAGAAACGUAUGACACUGGGAAGGAGAGGAGGAGGAAUCAAAUAAAUCCCCUGGGAAAUAUCGUUCUGAGGUGAUAUUAAUUUUUUUUUUUUAUCUCAUUUGAUAUUGAUUGAGAGUAACAAUUUUUUUUACGCUGAAACCUUAUACUCGAUCUACUCUUGUGUUCAAUUUCCAAAUCUCACAUUUCAUUAUUUUUUUCGUUUAUUAGUUUAUCCUUGUUACUGAUGAUUGCAAUGAAAUCCACGAUUGAGCGACAAUUUUUACAAUCGAAUUAAUAACUCUGUUGGAUGAGGAUUUUAUAUUAUCCAGUGUAUUAUCUGCGGUAGACAGGUCCACCGCAGUUGUCUAUGUGCAUUUCUCUUGUAAAUAAUAAUUUACCGCAUUAAUGCUGCGUUAUUUCAUUUUACGGUAGGCACAUGUUGAUCUGAUUAACUGAUAAUUACGGAAAUUACGAUAAUUGUUAGGUUGUUGAACAGAGAAAAUUUUCUUGAACGUAAAAACAUGAUUUUUUCAAUUAUUUCAUUUCAUUUGAAACAUCAAGAAACUUUUUAUUCUCUCUGUGGAUUUUGUUUUUGUUGUUUUGGCUUGUAAUUGGAUGGAGUGAGGGAGAAAUUGGUGAUUAAGAGAGAAGAGGUCUGAUACUGUCUCACUAAAAAAUUGAAGGCUAUCGAGAAUAUUAUGGGAAAUUAAACGAUAAAUUCUGUGGUCAUAAAAUAAUUGCAGGAUAUUAAACCGCUCUCUAAUGCGUGGACAGCCCAGCUCAUGUGCUUUAUACCUACGGAUUAUAUUCUCAAUGUAACAAUUUAAUUAUUCGAUUGAGCGAGGAUGAAGGGGAGCCAAAGAGUAAUAAAAAUCUAAGAAGUUGGUAUUUUUAGUAAAUGAUCUGUAGCAACUUGGAGAUUCCAGGAUUUAAUAGAUAUUUUAUGAAUACAGGUAGGAUUACUCUGUCGAGGUUCAAACUGUGACGAUUUGAUUAAAUUACUCGGAAUUAUUUUGAGGGAAAAAUGAGCGAAAUCGAGAGUAUGUGAGAGUGUACCUAAGGCGCCUCAAUUUAUUCCUAAAGAGAUUAAAAUGUCUUUCGUCUUUCCGCUACAUUAAUCAAUCGCAAUGAAAAAUUAGGAUAACACCUGAAUUCUGU